UACUAGAUUUACCGCCCACCCAUUUAAAGUCGGGUUUGGUAAUCAGCAGUUCAUCUCUCAAUGUCAAAAUGGCUUCUAAUUUCCCCAAAGUUAAGUGGGAAUACGAUUUAGCCGAUUCAUUUAGAGUUAUUUGUGGUUUGGUGCCCAAAAAAUUACCCGAGACCCCAAAAUUUGAUCCAUGGGAUGUGAAAACUUACAAGGUGGAACACUGCAUUCAGGAGCUGCAUGAUUACCAAAAGAAGCUAGCAGAAAAGGGAUUAAAGGAUCCUUGGAUAAGGAAUGAAGUUUGGCACUACCACAAAGAUAUCCAUAUAAACCAAAACUUCACAAGAUGGCAACUUUUUGGCAGAAUGUUGGUGCCUGGCAUUAUAAUCGGAGGUUUUUUGGCAUAUCUGAAAGUAAAUUAUUUCACCUAUCAUGAUUAUGAAGGGAGAGAAGAAAAAUGGAAACAUCAUCAUUGAGUCUGACAUUUGCUAUGACAGAAGUGUAUAGAACUAAAUACUAUAUCCCUGAGUGAUGACAAGUAUUUGUAAAUCAGUUAAUAAAAAAUUGCAUUUUAAUGACAA